AUGCCCCCCACUACGCCCUCCUUUGACUGGUCCCAGGGCUCCGUCUUCCUACAAGACGGUAUAAUUUACUACUCUCCCAAUUGUAACCGACCAGUCCGUAUCAAGGCCCCAGAGCGGAAUCACCCCCACCCAUUCCCUGAACGUGCAGAGCCAGAUCCCACCUCUGUCAAGCAUCCUGUCUGGUGGACAGACACCUUUGGGUGGAUGUCCUUCAUACCGCUCAACCCAUCCUUUAUCUCCGACCCCUUCGACACCUUUACCUGGCAGCCUGAGCUGGAUGUAACUCCUAGCUAUAAUACUCCACCCGGUCCCCACUCUCUACCAGCUCGAAAUUCAUACUAUAAAGCAUUGGCGGUUUAA